GUUUGCAAUGGAGAGUUUUCCUUCAGUGAACAGAGAGCAUUAACGGGACGCCCAGGCGUCCAGUCAGUGUUUGUCGUUUGUUUUAUACUCACAGACACGCGUGAGAAUUUCUCACAGUGUUCAGGAAAUUAUUUUAUAGCUCUUUUAUUUUGUUAAAUUGGAUUACAUGCGAAAGCAUACAAAGAAAAACAUACAAAUUAAUGGGGAACUAGCAGAGUGAACAUUGUCUUUUUUCAUCUGUGGAUUAUCAUCUUCAACAUUUCAUGGAACAUACCUUGACACCCAGGAACAGGAAGUGAGAUUCAUGGCCACCAUCUCAAUUCCGCCACCCCCAAUUCCCCCUCCUCCCCCGCCGCCGCCACCUCCUCCGCCUCCUCCUUCUUCAGCCAGUGGUCUGAACCGUGUUGACUCUGGCCGUAAACACCGGCUUCGGAAUCUCAACUGGGAGCGGAUCCCUAAAGAACGCAUAGAGGGGGGUAAUAAUGUGUGGAGUGGCUCACUGGAUGAGGACAGUGAACUCACUAUUGACUUGAACUCUCUAGAUGAACUUUUUGGGCAAAAAGAGAGCAAAAAGCCAGAGCGGGCCAAUGGCUUUCGGCGCAGUUUGUUGCGGUGCAGAUCUCCACAAGAGAUGAGUAUGGACAAAGUUACACUGCUUGACUCAAAACGCAGUAUGAAUGUCGGAAUAUUUCUACGGCAGUUGAAAAUUGCUGCUGGUGAAAUGGUAGAGGAUGUAAGACGGGGAGCUGCAGAGCGUUAUGGAGCUGAGAAGCUGGCAGAACUCUGCAAGCUGCUGCCUGAUAAUGAAGAGGAGGCCAGAGUCAAAAAAUUCAAUGGUGACCGCAGUUUACUAGCUGAGCCCGAUCUCUUCAUUCUCUUGCUGGUGGAGAUACCCAGCUUUCGCAUGCGCCUGGACGUCAUGAUCCUCCAGCAGGAGUUUGACCCUGCUGUAACCUCUCUCUGUGUGGCGGCCAGAUGUCUGCGGGAGGCAGCUCGAGAGCUGCUGAGCUGCCCUGAGCUCCACUACAUCCUGAGACUGGUGCUCAAAGCAGGAAACUACAUGAACGCCGGUGGUUAUGCUGGAAAUGCUGCUGGAUUUCGAAUUUCCUCUUUACUCAAACUGGCCGACACCAAAGCAAACAAACCAGGCAUGAACCUCCUCCAUUUUGUUGCCAUGGAAGUUGUGAAGAAGGAUAAAGACUUGCUGAUGUUUUCCAGUCGCUUAAGUCACGUCAGUCCAGCUUCAAGGCUGUCAGAAGAGUCUGUGGUAGAAGAUUUUUCACGACUACAAAGCAGAGUAGCUGAUCUCAGAGUCCGAGCCCAGGCAGACGCUGAAAUCGAGCAGCAGACAAGAACAUUUCUCGAGGUUGCAGAGGUGAGACUGAAGGAAGCUCAGGAUGAGCUGGAAAGCUUACAGCAGAGCAGUGAAGCUCUUGUGGAGUUUUUCUGUGAAGAUGACAAGACCUUUAAACUGGAGGAAGCCUGUCACAUCUUCCACUGUUUCUGUCACAGAUUCCAAAGAGCUGUACGGGAGAACACCGAAAGAGAGUUACAAGAGCAGCGUCGUGUGGCUCGUGAGCGUGAGAAUGUGGAGAAGCGACGUUCUCUGGCUCUCUGCACCGGUCUGGAAGCAGAACGCGACUCUGAUGAUUUGGAGCAUGCACUGCAGAGGAGUUUAAGUUACACAGGGAGCCGCCGCAGCCUGCGUAGGCUCUCGCAGUACUUCCAGCGCUCCGAGGAGAGAAAUCUGAAAACUGACAGCCAACACCACCCAGACUCAAACCUUCAUCCUGAAAGAUCGAGUAGAGACUCGGAGCUUAAAAGACAUUCGUUACAAAAGAAUGAGGCCAAGUCUGAGGGCAACGAACAAGGGAUGAAAAUGGUCAAACAAUCUCUGUGUUUAAUCACAGACUCUAAGUGUGGUCUUCAACGAGAUUUAACGGCUCCACCAAACACCAUGAAAAGCCAUUCUGGAUUGAAUACAAGGACUGUCCCUAGUGAUAACGCUUUUGUUGCUUUAGGAAAAACAAGUAUCGCAUCACAUCAGCAGGGGGCAGUGAAUGUCUUGCCGCUCACAGGACUAUCCCCUAACAAAGUUUUGAAAGUUGAGAAACAGGUUCAACACACCUCUGAAAGACUGACGCAGAUCGCAGCAGAUGGCUCUGAGGAUUCUGAGAAGAACAAUUGUGUGAAUGGCAAAGAGUGUCUAUCUCAAAAGGCAGUAACACCACAGACAAAAUCCAAAACGGCCACCAAUCUGAAGGGAGAGACGUGGAAGAGUGCGUCCUCCCCUCCUGAAGCUAGUUCCCCUCUUGCACCGGACACUAGUAGCCCGGAAAGAGAAAAUGUUUACCGGGUUGGAGAGACGCUGGAGUGCCACACACUUGUGAGAGGCUUACGUUCCUAUGAGAGCCUUUCGCCAACCGUUACACGGCCAGCCACCAAUCACUGCUCCAAAUGGAAAAAAGAGCGGGAAGCAGAGGAGCGAGAAGGCACUAGCUCGCCACAUACGAAGGAUGAUUCCCGUCUGGUAAAGUCACCCACUCGAGGACCCACCAAAAGGCUUCUGGUGCCCCGAGGAGGACCUUCCAACAGCAGUGGAAUCCCAAGAGUGCGCACAAAGGCAGAACCGACUUCUCCUGAUGCUUUAUCAGCUAGUCACAUAUCCCGAGCUAUGCCUGUACGCCCCACAGCAAUACGCACAUCGCUACUGACACGCUUCGCUGGUGGACAAAAUGAACUUAAGCCUAAUCGGCAGAAGGUAAACACCCAAGCUGAAACGGGCAAGCAAAAAUGCGGUGGUGCUGAGAAGCUAAACCAAGACAAGGACAAGGGUCGCGAGCAGUUCGUGAGGGGCUCUCCACUUCGUGUGCCCAAACGGUUGGCGCCCAACUCUGAAUCCCAAACCCCCCACACCAUACACAGUCCAUCCACAGCUACGACUGCAAAGACGAUUCGCACGGCCAUCAUAAGUGCUGCCAAAGCCAAGAGCCCUGGCACCAGAAUCCCAGGCCUCAAAAUUCCCAGAGCGACCACUCAACCCUCUUGGAGAUAAUUCCUGGUUUAAUUCUGAUUUCGAGAGUAGUGAUCAAAUUUUUGAUUUAAGAAGCGUUGUGCAUAAGGAAAGAAGUUAAUGUGGACUUUCACUGGUGUACGUCAAGUUGUUUGUGUGAAUGGUCAGCUCAAACUGUUGUCCCCUCGCAAAAUGGCUCUAAAUAAAGGAGCCAUUCAUCAGUUCGGCCCAGAUUGGACGGUUUUGCAGGCCACUGUAAUGGAUCUGAGCAGAAUGACCGCUCCUUUUCAGAGUUCUCCACUGAUUUGGGUCACUUCGAGUUUGGACUUUGUUGAGAGAGUAUGAUCCAGCACUGUCUUCCGCUACACCUCUACCUCUGAACACUCAAGUGCCCUGUGCUGGUUACAGCGCACAUUAGAAGAGUUCCUGACAGAACUUUUUUUCAAUUCGUGUUUUGUUUGCAAUAUCAGAAUAUAUAAAUUAAUAAUGAUGGGAAUGAGACCUCAUGAACUGAUGGUCAAAUUGGUUUGCCCUGUUGCAGGUACAAAGUACUGAUGUCACUGAAAAUCCUCUGUAAUAUUUCAAGAUCCCAAAGCAAACAUGUUGAAGUAAUGUUGUUUGUGAGAGAAAUGUCUAUCAGUAUGUUGGGUUCUUUUGACUUUGAUGCACUUUACAGAUGAAAGAGAGAUUUAAUGCUGGCAGAAACAGUCUCUGUGGUAAUCUGCAAAAUGUUUGUGUGUUUGUGUAAAUGAAAUGUUAAAUUAACAAUCAAAAACACAG